GGAAAGGAGUCGAGCAUGAUCAGAGCAUCUUGAUUCACGUCGCUCCCAUCAGCCCUAUGUAAAAACACGCAGGCGCUGUUCUCCGCUGCAUCCUUGUCACUUGGUGCCCCCCAAGACAGAGAGCAGAAUUCAGACAUCGCUUCUGUCGAUCUCCCAAAAAUGCUGUGCCUAGCUGGGAAUUCUUCCUCAGUCUGGACCACGCCCAAGGCCCUGCUCCCCACUCAGGUUAUCAGGGUCUGCUGCACAAGACGGCAGACUUCGCGACCUCUCCGCCAUUCAAUGUCUUCUAGAAGUCCUCUGAGCUGUUUGUGCACCGCCAUGUGCCACGCAGCACUCACCCGUUCUCAUACGACGCCCAGCUCGUCCGCCAUACGCCCGUACACACACCCACUCAAUCUCAUUCGCGAGGAGAAAAGGCCUUCGACCUUCCAUCGUUCAGCCGUCCUAGUCAGCAGAGUCCAAGCGCGUGUGAAAAAAGAGACCGAACUUCCUUCAAGGUCUAAACUUGCUGCUUGGCAGCAUGGCUUCUGUUGGUACGUACACCAAGGGAACAGGUGCCUCCUAAAGCCCCGUUUCCAUGCAAGUUCGCCGUUCCAUGUUCCCACUUGACCAUGCCCCACGUUUUGGCCGUGGAUACAUGCAAAGAGGCACGAUUCAUGCAAAAGUGCUCUGUGUUUGCUUAAGCGUGAGUU